CUUCGCCGUGUUCACAUAUCCGCGUCGCAUUUCCCGCCUUUCGUCGCGAAACCCAAACAAUCAUAAACCCAAAUAAUCAUAAAUAAUAAAUGCCAAAAAGCGGCCAGGUGAAGUGUACUCGAUAUGUUAAGCCAUCUGCCGGUAGUGUGGCUUUUUCUUGGCCUGUCGAUGGUGCAGCACGAUGGUGCCGCGGGUCAGAUUAUCCCACUGCCCACUUUUUGUUUGGGCCAUAGCCCGCAGUGCAACUGUGCCGCCGAGGCGAACGUGGUGCGGUUCCACUGUCCGGAUGAGUACGCCAUGCUCCUGGAGGUCUCCGAGCCGGGGGCUUCGCUGUACAUGAGCUACUAUGCCACGACCGAGACUUUGCAUUGGCUGCCGCGCUUCAAUAUCAGCGAUCUGGUGAAGAUCGAGUUCGAUGCCUACACCUUCUGGCCGGAGUCAUUCCUGGGCGAUCUGCUCAAGACCAUAGGGGUGCAGAAGGUGAAGGCCAUUCUCUUCCGGGAUCGCACCAUGGAAACAGUGGCCACCCGGGAUGUGUCCAACACGGCGGAUGGAUAUAUGGAAUCCACGCAGCCGGGCAACAUCACAGCCUGGCACUUUGGCCCCGUGCCUGGCCUGAAGAAGUUCAAGUUCUACAGCAAUGUGAAGGAGCUGCAGGAGACGAUAUUCCACGGAUUUGAUAGCGUUACGGAUCUGCUGCUUAACGUGAAUGUGACCACGCUGCCGGCCAAUAUGCUGUCCACGGUUAACGGAACCCUGAAAACCCUGACCAUCGAGAGUCCGGGCAUGGUCUCCUUUGGGAGUCCCCUGCUCCGUGAGCUCCAGCAAUUGUGCAACUUGAGUCUUGUCCUGUUGGAUCCGUUCCGCGUUCGCGACAAGGAGUUGCAACCGCAUUUCUUUGGAUCCAUGGUUAACCUCGUUGAGGUGCGAUUGGCAUCGUAUACGAGCAAUGUAAACAAGAGCAUGUUCAAGGGCUCCAGCAAGUUGCAUAUGAUCAAGAUGAACGGGAACGAUGAUCUCACGGAGCUUCCUGGCGAGAUAUUUCUGGAUCAGGUCAAGCUGCGGACCCUCGAUCUCUCCUGUAAUGCGAUCAGCACUUUGCAUGACGACGUCUUCAAAGGCCUGGGCAACCUAACCCGUUUGGAUCUAUCCAAAAAUAGACUGACUGAUUUAUCCAGCGCCAUUUUCGCCCCGCUGUCCUCGCUGACUUUCCUGCGUCUCAACAAGAACUCCCUGACCGCGAUGUCGCCCUGUGUGUUCCAGGAUGUGGUCAGCUUGAACUUCAUUGAGAUGGUGCACACCCAGUUCUACGGGGCCACUCUCCAGAUGGGCUACGAGGCGGUGGUUUGCACCAACGACGACACCUGUCAGUACAAAUCUGCGGAUUGGCAGUGCGACUAUCGCUGCAUCUGCUGGGUUCAGCGGGAGAUAAAUUGCCUGAUCGUGGAUUGCCGUGGAACCAAUCUGGAGGAACUGCCAGACCUGCCACACACCACACUGGUGAGCACGGUCCUCAAGGUGGGCAACAAUAGCCUCACCCAACUGCCCACCGCCGACGAUCACAGGGGUUAUGCCAAUGUGAGUGGGCUCUUCCUAGCGGAUAACAACCUGACCACCCUGGGAUCGGGGGACACGCUGCCCCAGAAUCUGACCCACCUGGAUGUAAGGAGCAAUCAGAUUCAGUCCAUAAGCGAGGAGUUCGUGGAGUUCCUGCAGCAGGCCAACAACACAAUGACCCUUUCGCUCUCGGGCAACCCCAUAUCCUGUGAUUGUGAUGCACUGGCGCUGCUUUUUUUCGUUCGUAUCAAUCCCCAGCGUGUCCAGGAUAUCGGGGAGGUGAUGUGCACCAAGCAGAAGUCCCUCCAGCAGAUGGAGGCCUUUGAGCUGUGUCCCUCCUAUGUUCUGCUCAUCAGCUGCGUGAUUGGCGGCCUGGUGAUCAUCAUCUGUCUGAUCACCGUCUUCUACCUGAUGUUCCAGCAGGAGCUGAAGAUCUGGCUGUACAACAAUAACCUGUGCCUGUGGUGGGUCUCCGAGGAGGAGUUGGACAAGGACAAGACCUACGACGCCUUCAUCUCGUACUCGCACAAGGACGAGGAGCUGAUCAGCAAGCUGUUGCCAAAGCUGGAGAGUGGUCCGCAUCCAUUCCGGAUAUGUUUGCACGAUCGCGACUGGCUAGUGGGGGAUUGUAUUCCGGAGCAGAUCGUCCGCACUGUGGAUGACUCGAAAAGAGUGAUCAUUGUGCUGUCGCAGCACUUUAUCGAUUCGGUGUGGGCCCGCAUGGAGUUCCGGAUCGCCUACCAGGCCACUUUGCAGGACAAGCGCAAGCGGAUCAUCAUCAUUCUCUACCGGGAACUGGAGAACAUGAAUGGCAUCGAUAGCGAAUUGCGGGCCUACCUCAAGCUGAACACCUACCUCAAGUGGGGUGAUCCGCUCUUCUGGAGCAAGUUGUGCUAUGCCAUGCCACACAAUCGGAGGGUUCUGAAAGGCCAGAAGAAGCAUGCGGGUCCCCUCAUCUGAGGUUUCCUUAUAAUAUAGAUUCUAGAAUAUACUUGCUUGGGCCUUAAAAAUAAACUUCAAAAAAACUGAAGCUAAAUACGUUACAAAAAAAUUCGAUACUUGUUCAUUUAGGUUCUAAACUUAUUUAUAAAGAUAUACGUAAUAUAUAUGAUAUUUGCUUAGUUUAAGUAAUUUAUUCCUAUUCUUAGUUCACAUUCGGAUGAUUUAAAGAUUUUAAUCCGAAUUUUUCAGAGAUGUUAUUUUCAGAAAAUAAUUUUACAAGUAAUAUUUAC